AUGGAAGUCAAUAUAUUUGGUGUAUUGAUGAAAAAAUACAAGUAUGCGAGGCAGAAGGAUUCUGGCCUCUCUACAAAUGACCCUUUCGUACCAGAUUACACUUGUCGUCUUAAAAUUAACGAUAAUCUCAUGAAGAAAUCUUGUCAGCAAAAUUCUGGAGGUGGUCAGAUUUCCAGAAGUUUGAGUAAUUCUCGUUAUAACUUGAGAAAUGUAUCGAGAACGUCUGGUAACCAGGGAUCACAAGAUCCAACGGAACCGGUUAUUGAUUGUUCUGAAUUUAAGUUUGAGCGUUCCUUAGGCAAUGGGCAAACCGGAGGGACUUACCGAUAUGAAUUCCAUGGUCAAAACAUUCUUCACAAUGAUAUUCGAAAAGAAAAUAUCUUAGUUAAUGAAAAAGGCGAUAUAUAUUUUAUUGAUUUUGGGAAGUCAAUUGUAACUGAUAAAAAGAAGCUAUUUCUUCAAGAGAAAUCUGAAUUAUCCCGUUUAUUAGGAUGCUAA